AUGAGCGUCAUCAUGUCAACGUAUAACCCGACCGUCCUGAUGGGCGCCGAGGGCACGAGCCUUGACGACCGGAACUUUAUGUGGCACAGCACAACGGCCGGGUGGUCUAGGUUCACAGACGAUGUCUACGUCCUAUCCAGGGGGUGGUUUGCCAUGGCGAUGCCGUCGACGGUGGUGCUUCUUGACUAUGCGGUUGCCAACGUCGCUAUCAGGUUUUUCAUCAAGGCGCCAGACUUCCUCAACAGCGUCACUGGGAUAACGAGGGACUUGCCGUAUAUCCAGGUCAAUCCGCCAGGCGGGAGUGGCGUCAGUAGUUGCGAUAGGAUUCUGGAGGUGAAGGAUGUGAGGGUACGAAUUUACGAUGUGAGGCCUGAAUCAGAUGUUGGGAAGAUUGCCUUGACGACUAAUGUAGUAGCUCUAAGUUGGAUUGGAGGAGGACGUACUCGUAAUCUCCAGACCAGGAUCGAGGCAAGUAGUCUAAAGUUCGCCGAGGAGCAUCAAGUUGUAAUUGAACUCGAAUGA